UCUGCUUUGAAUUUAGUUGUGACUAUAAAAACAUUACACUAUUCAGGCCAACAUUGCUUGUUAGUUCAUUCUACAAUUGAACUGAACACUCAGUAGAUUGAAAAUUAGUACAUAUGUAACAUUGAAUACAAAAAAAAAAACAAUAAAAAUAAAUACACAACACAUAAUGGAUCUGAAUCCCGAGGAUGAGGUAUCGGAUGUGAGACGCGAUUCAAGGAGAUCUUUGCGUGCCACACGCGGAUCAGUGGGAACAUCAAUGAGAACAUCGCGGUUUUUACAGAUACAGGUGCCAAAUGAAGACAAUAGAAAGUCGUUGAGUCGCUUUACUCAGCGCACUGCCAGCGAGCAUCGAAUAGAUUACCGCUUCGAGUCUAUGAUAAAUCCACCUAUUGAAUAUAUGAGAUACAAGCCCAACGACACCGCCGAUUUGAUGAGCCGACAGCCAAGCUAUAGGAAAUUCAAGAUACCAUAUCAAAUGAUAUGUGGCAAUCGUUAUCGAGAAUCUAUCAAGGCAUACGAAGCACAAUUGGUGCAUGAGGUUAGGAAUAAUAUCGACUUCCAAAGAACUGCCGCCGAUGCAUGCUACUUUGUGCGUUGCAUGGCAAUAACAUCAUUUUGGCCACCUUUACACAAUAUGAAGGAAGUGAGGCAUACGAGCAAGAAUUUCUUUCAGCUCUCACCAAAAGAAAAAUGGCGUCUUCAAAUCAUAAUGGACACAGACAUAACAUGAUAUCACGGAUUUUGUAUAUUACAAUUUCUACAAAAUUUAAUAAAAUUUACUUACUUAUUUAAGGCA